AUGCUGAACUCUUCUGCACUGCAUAGACGGAAGCACAGACUACACGGAAAGAAAAACAGCUUUCUCGCCGAAAGCGUUCAAAGAGCCGUUAAGUAUUACCGGGCUGUGAACGAUUUCCACGUGCCGCCGAACGUCACCAGGCGGAACGGCCAGCGGAGCCGAGGGGAGCUGCUGUGCGAGCUCCAGGCGCGGGUGCCACUUCGGACAAUAAGGGCCGGGGACGGUCCAUUUUCGGGACACGAAUGGGAGACAGUCUUACCCAGAGAAAGCCUGGCAGAGAGGCUGGGGCCGCUGAAGACGUGCGCUGUCGUGAUGUCAUCAGGAGCUCUGAGAAACUCUUACCUUGGGGUGGAAAUAGAUUCUCACGACGCGGUCCUGCGGUUUAACGCAGCUCCAACAAAAGGCUAUAGCUUAGACGUGGGGACCAAAACAACUCUUCGUCUUGUUAAUUCCAAGCUCAUGAUGUCUGAAGAGAGCAGAUUCCUCACAGAUCCUCUGUACAGUACAGGAGCUCUCAUAGUUUGGGAUCCUGCACCGUACUCCAGAGACCUCUAUGCUUGGUACAAGAAGCCGGACUUCGACUUCUUUCAGAGGUACAGGGACUACCGCCAGCUUCGCCCACAGCAGCCGUUUUACAUCCUGAGCCCGUCCUUCCAGUGGGACCUGUGGGACGUCAUUCAGGAGAACUCACCAAUGGACAUCCAGCCCAACCCCCCCUCGUCCGGGAUGCUGGGUGUGGCUGUGAUGAUGAACCUGUGUGAGCAGGUGAGCGUGUAUGAGUUCCUGCCCUCCCACAGGAGGACACCUCUAUGUCACUACUACCAGGACCACUUCGACUGGUACUGCACCCUGGGUCACUACCACCCCCUGACGUUCGAGAAGAAGCUCGUCCAACGACUCAACAGGGGCACGGGCCGCGACGUCUUAUUCCACGGGAGGGUGGCGCUGUACGGACUCUCACAGUACAUGUGUUUCUCGAGAAUUCUCCCCAAUCUAGUCAUCACGAAGGAGGUCUUUCUGGUCGUUGUGCUGCCGAUGCUGCUGUUAAUGCUGACAGUGAUCGUGGUACUGCUGAGCUUCACCUGUAGACGGUGA